AUGAGCGAAACAAACCUUUCCAUUCCGGUGAACAACCCGGAUAACUCUAUCCGCGCGGCGUCGCCCAUCCGAUUCGACCCCCUCAACGAAGUAGCCGCCUUCGAAAUCUCGCCUCCCAACUCCCCUCCUCCACCCUACUCCCGCGUUCCCCCACCUGACGCACCCACUCUUCCCCCGUACAUCAUCUGCACCUGCAGCUCGUACGAGGACCCCACGAUCCUCGAGGAUCUCGGUUUCCACAGCGAACUCUCCGACGAAAUUUGGGACAAAUGGCAGCUGCACAAACGCCAACACCCAGAGGUCUAUCAGAAUGGGAAUUCGCUGUCGCUUCUCUAUUUCUUUUUCUCCUUCGUCUUCCAAGCCACACAACUCCCGUUCGCAUUCCCCGGGUACGACCCUCGUUAUUUUCAUCCGGAAAUGUGUGUGUAUUUGUCUGGGUGGGGGAUACCUCAUAAUGAGUAUCUCACACGAGAAUGGGACGAGGCGCAGAGAAUUGAGAGGUGUGCUGUUGCAGCGGCAGAAUGGACGGCUCUGAUCUUGAGCAAAGACUGCGGGAACCACCCUCCAUUGACAUAUGAUUUGGCUGGGUGGGAUGGACUCCGAAUGUCUGAAUUGCGGAGGAUGGCGAUGGCUGCGACAUCAGUAAUUUGA